AUGUGCUAUAACAUCAUAACGUACGUGCACUAUAGUUGCGGCCACAGAGUGAACACUGGCUACCAUAGAAUCGAUUGCAAUGGUCGCAACUGUAGCCUAAGCCAAAUGCAUCGGCGGGACGAGCACGACUGUCAGAGCACUUGUCGUCAGAACAUGAUGGCGGACCAGCACGUCAUUAUGGAGCAGAAUCCCAAUCCGUGCGAUGCGUGCGCUGCAGGAAUGCCCAAUGGACAUUGA